AUGGCGAGGAUGUUAGCGAUAUUGGGUGGUAUUUUGAUUUGUACUGCAACUGGAUAUGCAGACCCAACUAUCUCACCAACACAAGGCUUCACUGAAGUGGCUUUAAAUACAACAAAUUUUGUCAUACAAAAGCCAUAUGAUAAGGAGGUGUCCGAGAGCUACAGCUUCAUUAAUGGCGUCCACUCCAUGUGGGUUUAUAACGACGAUAAACCUCUUUCAAAUCACAGCAAUACGAGGCCCAGGACAGAAAUCCAAAUCACGGGAUAUGACUAUACAGAGGGAGUGUGGCAGUUCGAGGGGGAGAUGUAUGUACCGCAGGGAACAUCGGGAGUGUGCGUCAUGCAAGUUUUCGGCGCUGUUAAACAUGCCACGUCGUUAAUGCUGCUGGUUUCCAACGGAAAUCUUAGGCAUUACAAUGAUCAAGUAGUGGCGUCUGAAAUUUAUGAUCGGUGGAUUCAUCUGAACGUUAUCCACAAUGCAGAUGAAGGAAAAUUGUACAUGUUCGUUGAUGGGAUGGAGAAGGCAGUGGCUAAUGAUGGAGGUCAUGCAAAGCAUUAUUUUAAGUGUGGAGUGUACACUAAUAAUAACGCUUCAUCUUGCAUGGAAUCUCGUUGGAAAAAUAUCAGAAUUUGGACCAAAUGA